CCCAACGUCGCUGCAGCUACCCUUGACGACCUCGCAGACCACCCCCAGCCAUGGCCAGCAAGGGUUUGCAGGACCUGAAGCAGCAAGUAGAAGGGGCGGCCCAGGAUGCAGUGACUGCAGCUGGAGCAGCAGUUCAGCAAGUGGUGGAUCAAGCCACAGAUGCAGGGCAGAAAGCCAUGGACCAGGUGGUUAAAUCUACUCAGGAAACCGUGGACAAGACUGCUAACCAGGCCUCGGAGACUUUCUCCGGUUUUGGGAAAAAAUUAGGUCUCCUGAAAUGACAGAAGCGAGCCAUGGGUGACUCCCCUCCAGGCCCUGAUCUGGUCAGCGGCUGCCCCCUUGGCCUCAUGCCUCAUUAAAGCACAUGUUACUACCCUGUGUCUACUUCGUAUCUACCCCCAAGCUGGGCCCAGUCCUCCUUCGCCAAGAACAGAGCCCCCAUAUCCAGAAAUCCAGCCCCCACAUUGAAUCCUGGCAUUCCAAAUUUGGAAACCCAUAAGAAUUUGUUUCCCAUUGUCUCAACCGCGUAUCCAGAUGCUCCCUUAUAUCCAAAGUUCAACCCCCAUCUAGGUACGUACCCCUCGGUAGCUCAAUUUAGAAGCCAACUCCACUUCCCCAACUCCAGGAACCCCAUCCUACUUAGGAGGGGGAUACUCAGUUCCCAGAUCCUCGAGGGGUUCAGCUCUCGGCUGGGGGCGGAGCUCCAAGGACUGGGGCCUCGGGAACUGUAACACGCAAGCUAAGUGGGGAAGCUCAUAACACCCAUCAACCCGGCGCCCGCGAGGACUUCAGGCGGCGGGAAUUCGCGGGAACGAC